AUGACAGAGAAUAACUCACAAGAAGCAUCCAACAACCACAAUCAGCUGCCACACCACUACAUUGAGAUAUCAACACGUAACAUAUCACUUAGAUCAGAUGCACCAGUCUCCUUUAACGAACAUAUCUUAGUAUUUGAUAUGGAUGACUGUCUCUAUCACAACCGUGGGGUGGAAGAGAUGUGUCGUAGCCACGCCCUGGGCAUCUUCUGCUCCAAAACCAAUGGAACUGAGGCUGAGUUUGAUGAAAAGUGUAGGAAACACGGAACAAGGCGAAUGCUGUUUCUGACUGAAUUUGACAUGGAGAGUGAUGAGAUCUGCUGUGGAAUUGAAUCACCUGAUUUCAGUGGACUUCUGAAGCCAAGUGAUGAACUCAUUGCCAAGUUGAGUGGUCUCAACCAUCGCGUGUUUCUGUUGACCAACUCAACUCGCUGUCGAACGCAGCACGUUCUUGGUCUCCUUGGCCUCGAUGCCCUCUUUGAACGCGUAUUCGUCAUGGAUUUGAGGGAGAGUGCCCUCUUUAUGAAACCAGGCAGAAAUGGAUACCAAUUUGUGGCUGACUACCUCGGGGUGGAAGCAGAACGAGUUCACUUCUUCGAUGACAUGCCACGGAACAUUGAUGGAGCCACUGCAGUUGGAUGGAACGGGUAUCUGGUUCAGAACAACCUGAUUGAUCAAAUUGAUAGGGCUGUAGAGAAAAUAGAGAAAGGUAAAUAG